CCUCCUGCCUGCACAAACGCACUCGAUUCUGCGACAUCCAGGACAUGAACAGGUCAUGGCACUCGAUUCUCCUCCUUCCCUUCACACAAUAUAAGUGGGCGACGCCAUUGCCGCCACAGCAAGCUGGAGCUGCACUACGAGCAAGAGACACACCGCGGACAAGCUAGCACGAUCGCCAGCAAUGGCGCCGGCGGCGAUUGAAGUUGGAGACCACACCACGCACGUGCUCCUGGUGGCGUACCCGACGCAGGGCCACAUCAACCCGCUGCUCCAGUUCGGCAAGCGCCUCGCCGCCCGCCGCGGCGUCCGCUCCACGCUCGCCGUCACCCGCUUCGUGCUCGCCACCGCCGCGCCGUCGUCGCCGGGGGGCUCCGUCCACCUCGCCGCCAUCUCCGACGGCUGCGACCACGCCGGCUACGACGAGGCCGGCGACGCGCGCGCCUACCUGGCGCGCCUGGAGACCGCCGGGUCGCGCACGCUCGCCGAGCUGCUCUGCGCCGAGGCGGCGCGCGGCCGGCCGGUGCACGUGGUGGUGUACGACUCGUUCCUGCCCUGGGCGCGCGGCGUGGCGCGCCGGCACGGCGCCGCGUGCGCCGCGUUCCUGACGCAGGCGUGCGCCGUCAACAUCGCGUACGGGCACGCCUGGUCCGGCACGGUGAAGCUCCCCGUCAGGGAGGCGCCCGGCGAACUGCCCGGGCUUCCCGCCGGCCUCGAGGCCGGCGAUCUCCCGACGUUCAUGGUGAACCCGGCCGACGGGCACGGCUAUCAGGACAUGCUGGUGAAGCAGCAGUUCGAUGGCAUCGGCGACGCCGACGACGUGCUCGUCAACUCAUUCUCCGACCUGGAGCCGCCGGAAGCGGAGCACUUGGCGUCGACGUGGGGCGCCAAGACGAUCGGGCCGACCGUGCCGUCGGCGUACCUCGACACCCGCAUCCCGGACGACACGUCGUACGGCUGCCACCUCCACUCGCCGUCGCCGGCCACCACCGCGUGGCUGGACGCCCACCCGGCGCGCUCCGUCGUGUACGCGGCGUUCGGCAGCGUGGCCAAGGCCAGCCCGGAGCAGAUGGCCGAGGUGGCCGAGGGCCUCCUCGCCACCGGCAGGCCGUUCCUCUGGGUGGUGCGCGCUUCCGAGGCGGCCAAGAUCCCCGGCGACUUCGCGGUCAAGCUGGCGGCGGCGGGCGGGCGGGGACGUGGGCUCGUGGUGCCGUGGAGCCCGCAGCUGGAGGUGCUCGCCCACCCUGCCGUGGGGUGCUUCGUGACGCACUGCGGGUGGAACUCGACGACGGAGGCGAUCAGCGCCGGCGUGCCGAUGGUGGCCGUGCCGCGGUGGUCGGACCAGACGAUGAACGCCAAGUACAUCGCCGACAUCUGGCGCGUCGGCGUGCGCGCGCGGCGGAGCGGCGGCGGCGGCGUCGUCGACGGCUUGGUGGAGAGAGGCGAGGUGGAGCGGUGCGUGAGGGAGGUGAUGGAGCGGGAGGAGUACCGGAGGAACGCCGGCAAGUGGCGCGAGAUGGCCAAGGACGCCGUGAGCGAAGGUGGCAGCUCCGACGCCAACAUCGCCGCCUUCGUCGCCAAGUACGGCGCCACCGCCAAGUGAUGUAUUAUUUGCUUUAUUUACUUUGAUUGUGUUCAGGUUUCAGGUUGUGUUUAUUGCAAACAUGGCAGCUGCUGCAGUGCCAUUGUAUCACAUGUAUUUGAUACCCAAUUUACAUUGUAAUAAUAAAGUGAUUGUU